AUGUCAGAGACCCUGAUAACAGGCCACACGUCAGAGGAUCUAUUGACUGUCUUUGAAACUGUGCUUAACUCUGGAGGUGUCGGUUCGAGUCAAGACCACCAGAUAGUCAUCAUCACCAGCCCCAGCAAUGAGGGGAUCCACCCGGAUGGUGCCCCGUCCAGCACGGGAGAAAUCCUGCUGUUUGCCACCCCGCAGGGGUCUGCUGAUGUGGCCUUGGAAGACAAGAGAAAGCCGGUUCUGGGAAGACCCUCGGUUAAGAGGAAGUUGGACCUGGACAGUGACCAUCAGUACGUUAGCACGACACGGCCAUCUUCAGGAUAUGCGCCACCUUCCACUCCUGCCCCUCCUAGAGUUCCUCGAGCCAUUACGGAGAAGUCUCGCUAUGACACCUCAUUGAACCUUACCACCAAGCGCUUUCUGGACCUCCUGUCUCAGUCAGCUGAUGGUGUGGUAGACCUCAACUGGGCCUCGCAGGUCCUGGAUGUCCAGAAGCGACGCCUUUACGACAUUACCAAUGUUCUGGAAGGGAUCCAGCUCAUUUCCAAAAAGUCCAAGAACCACAUCCAGUGGCUCGGGAGCCGUGUCGAUGGGGCCUCUGUCGCCCUCCACCAGGAGCUGCGGAUGGAGGUGUGCCAACUCACUGCCGCUGAGGAGCAGCUGGACAAGCUCAUCUCCAGAUGCAAUCUCCAGCUGAGGUUGCUCACAGAGGAGCCACAGAGCAAAAGAUUGGGCUACGUGCUCUGUCAGGACUUGAGGACGUCAUUUGACUCCCCAGACCAGUUAGUCAUGGUGAUCAGAGCUCCACCAGAGACCCAAAUGCAAGUCACGGACCCCAGCGAGGGGUACCAGGUUUCGCUGAAGAGCACGCGUGGUCCCAUUGAUGUCUUCCUCUGCCCGGAUAACACCUCUGGUGUUUGCAGCCCCGUGACGGGAAGUAGUCCCUCAAAAACGAGCGCCGACCCCAGCUGUUUGACACCAAGCAAGGACAGGCGCUUUGCAGCGGCUUUGCAAGUGGCUUUAUCUUCCCCUGUGUCUACGUCGUCCACGGUGACUGCAGCCUCUCAGCCAGAAUGUGCGUCGCUGUUGUUAGGUGGUGAAACAGAAUCCCUUAUGGGUGUAGACCCAUUCUCAGGCCUGGAUGACAUGGCUGAUUUCGACUUCUCUACGGACUUCCUUCACGGAGAGAGUUUCCCUCUCCCAUUGGACGGUUUCAUCAAUGUAUCCCCCCCUCACAGCCCGGACUACCACUUCGGCCUGGAGGACGACACGGGGGUCUCUGAACUCUUCGACUGUGACUUCGGUGACCUGUCAAAGGUUUUGGGGGAGAGUUAG